AUGAUUGAGGACUAUGGUCUGACAGACCUGGGCUUCUAUGGACCUAGAUACACUUGGUCCAAUGGAAGGGGUCCAUGUUAUAUUGUAUGGAAAAGAUUGGACAGAGGUCUAACUAAUGACAACUGGCUAAGCUCCUUUCUUGCAACCACCAUCAGUCAUUUGGCUUCAACUGGCUCAGAUCAUUCUCCUCUCCCGAUGGAGAUAACUGUGAGACAAAAUUCAUUCAAGAAAUACUUUAGAUUCCUCAACUGUUGGGUGAAGAAUAAAUCCUUUAUGCCUCUAGUUCAGGAAGUGUGGAAUAGUCCUAUCAAUGGAAGUGCUAUGUGGAUCUUUCAUCAAAAACUCAAGGUUCUUUCUAGUUCUCUAAGCAAGUGGUCCAGACAACAAUAUGAUGACAUCUUUCAAAAACCCAAAGAAUUUGAACAAAAGGUCAAAGAAGCAGAAGAAAAAUGGGCAGCUUCCAAUGAUCAUGGGGACAGACAAAACUUGCACGAUCUACAUGCUCAAUACACCAGACACUUGAAACUACACAAAGAAGUUCUAAAAUAA